AUGAACAGGUUUGGCGUUGCGUUUUUAACCCAUCACUUCUUCUUGCACCAAGAACGAGGUUUGCGCGUUUUGUUCCGCGGGUGGCAGCGCGCGCCUCCGCGAUCUCUGCGCCGGGGACCCGACUGCCUGCGGCUGCACAGGUUACCAGAGCCUCUCGAGAAAAAAACACCCGACGGUGUCUGGGGCGUGGAGGGGCGCAGGGCACAGGCGCGGGCCGGUAAACGCGCACCCCUCCCGCACCCCUUCGCUCCGUGCUCCCGCCCAGCCUCGGCGGUGGCUCGGGGGCCGAGGGGACGCGGCAGGAAACGCCGCCCGCCGGUCUGCCACCGCCGCCCCCCAGAAAAAGCGACACGAAGGCGGCUCCGCCACUCACCUCGCCCCGGCUCCGGGGGGAGCCCCGGCGGGCAGCGGCGACGCCCCACAGAACAGAGGGGAGAGGCGCCGGGUUCGCUCCCGCUCGCUGCCGGCGGCGGCACCCGGGUCCGUUCUGCCUGCAGACCCCCUCGGCGGCGGCGGCGGCUGCUGCUGCUGCUGCUGCUCCUCCUGCCUCCACUAAUGGUGGCCGCCGAUACCGGUUCCUUUCGCCGCUCCCUUCCUUUCCCGUUCCUUGUUUCCGCCGAGCGCGGAACCGCCUCCACCCGGCGGCCGAGGCGCGUCCCUGCCCAGCAGCGGAGACGCCGCUCCCCACACGCCGCCGCCGCCGCCCGGGCACCGCCGCCGCUCCGGCUCCCCCCGCCGCUCACUUCCGGCGCGCGGGCCGCGCCUCGCCCCGCCCUGCCGGGACCGGCGCCAGCCACGGGGGGCGGCGACGGACCCGCAGCGCCGGAGCGGCCGUUGGGCGCGCGGGGGGCGGCUGGGCACGGCUGGGCACGCGAGCGGCCGUUGGGCACGCGAGCGGCCGUUGGGCGCGCGGGGGGCGGCUGGCGCGCGCGGAGCCCAUCGAUCCCCGCGGAGCCGCUCCGCCGGUGCCGAUCCCCGCGGAGCCCAUCGAUCCCUGCGUUGCCGAUCCCUCGCUGCCGAUCGAUCCCUGCGGUGCCGUUGCCCGCUGAGCGGGUCCGGGCGGUGCCGGCGCGCUCUCGGCGGGCGCUGCCCGCGCUCCAGGCAGCUUGGGGUUGCGGUUCCGUCCGCAGCUGCUGCAGAAAACAUCUGCCCUGUGAUGAUAGUCCAGGUUGCUGUAUCAUCAGACAAGGUAUCAGGAAAAGCCAGCUCUCUUCCCAUCUCUGAACAUCUCAGAGAGAUAUAAAGAAGUUCAGCCAGGAGAAGAGCUCCUAUGGGAGCACACUGAGGAGCAUGUGAUCCAGCUGUUGCUAUGGUAUCUGGAGGGAUUUUAAGAAAAUAACAGAAGAAAACGUGUCAAGAAAAGAACCACUCCAACUAACACCUGAGUUAAAGGGACAUUGCCAAAAAUUAUGUGUUGAACAUACUUAACCUUUAUCUGUUAUGUUUUUUUUCUUUUUUUUUUUUUUUUCUGAAGAAGUUGAGUAUUUAGCACUCCAGUGAGAAUUAAGAGCACCUGGAGUGUCUGGGGGCUCAGAAUAUCAAUACCAAUAACAGUCAUGUGAUUUAUUUUUAUAUGUCUCAUUAAUUCAGCAGAACAUCUGCUCUGAAGUGAGCUCUUAAAAUAUUGAGUAAGCCCAGCUUAUCAUCAGUGCAAGAGCACAGAUACCAGUUUCUUACAGAAAUCAAUGUGUAGAUGAGGAUACAACAGCCAGCACCUUGAACCAACCUUUCCUUGCCUCCUGCUCAUUCCUGCCAGACUACAGACAAUAUAAUGACAUCACAAUAUUGUUCCCCAGAUACUUUCCAAAGCAAUAUCUCUUGCACUGGUAUCCUGCUGCUGCAUUAUA